UACGUCGCGCUGCUGGUGACGCCAUGCGGAAGAUGUCAAGCGCGGUUGUCGGAGGAUGGCUUCUUCUUGGGCCGGCUAAGCUGCGCACGUCAAAGCGGGCAGGAGGGAUGGCGCCAUUCUGCUUCUCAAAACGCAUUCUGGCUUCUAUGAAGGCAGGGUGCCUCUGAGCAUGUGCAGAGUGCUUUCUUCUGCCUCUCUGAAGAAGCUCGCACGGGCUAUGUGCCCCUGAGCGCGUAGAGCGCCUUCCCUUUUGUGAAGGGAACGAAUGCUUCCUCGCCUCCCUGCCCGGUCUCUGUCCAAGCUGCCUGAAGGAUGGAAUCAAACCCUGCCAGGAGUAAAGUCCCAGCUUUCUUAUCAGACUUGGGGAAAGCAACCCUGAGAGGCAUCAGGAAAUGCCCCCGGUGUGGCACUUACAACGGCACCCGCGGACUGAGCUGCAAGAACAAGACUUGCGGCACCAUCUUCCGCUACGGCACCCGGAAGCAGGCCAGUGUCGACGCGGUCAAAAUCAACACUGGCUCUGAUCUACAGGUCUAUUCAGUGCGGCAGAGGGACAGGGGGCCAGAGUACCGGUGCUUUGUGGAGCUGGGAGUUUCGGAGACCACCAUCCAGACAGUAGACGGGACCAUCAUCACACAGCUCAGCUCUGGACGCUGCUACGUCCCAUCAUGUUUGAAGGCGGCUGCACAAGGGGUGGUGGAAAACCAGUGCCAGCACAUUAAGCUGGCUGUGAACUGCCAGGCAGAGGCCACCCCGUUGCCCCUGAAAAGCUCAGUCUUGAACUCGUUGCAGGCCUCUGCUGAGACAAAGCAAACCUUAUGGCAGUUGGCCACGGAGUCCACAGGGCCCCUAGUUCAGAGGAUUACCAAGAAUAUCCUAGUGGUGAAGUGCAAAGCCAGCCAGAAGCAUAGCUUGGGUUACCUCCACAUCUCCUUCUCCCACAAGGCUGGCCAUAAGAGCAGGGCGGAACACCGCUUCCUCUGCUCGUGCCAGUCCCUGAAGUCCAGCAAGGCCGCCUCUGCUAAGGAAGAGGCAAGCCAGAAAUGCAAUCACUUCUUUGCCUGCCUCUGUGCCUUUGCCAGCGAUGAUCUCUUGGCCCAGGAGUUUGCAGAUUUCCUCAGCUAUGAUUCCAGCGGUCUGAAGUCAACAGUAGGAGCCCAGCUUCUCUGUCAGCCUGAAUCCGCUUUGGGCUCUGGAGAGGCUGCUGCCUCCAAGGCCAAAAAGAGGAAAAAAGAUGAAGGAAUGGGCACACAAGCAAGUAGCCCCCUCUUGCCUCAAGACGUGGCAAACACCAACCUGCGCAAAAGUGGAUUGAAAAAGCCAACGGUUGCUUCACUGAAAAGGCAAGCUUGCAGUCAGCUGCUUGAUGAAUCACAAGUAACCUUGUCCUUCCAAGAGUGGUUGGCCAGUGUCACUGAACGCAUCCACCAAGCCAUGCAUUACCAGUUUGACGGCAAACCAGAGCCACUGGUGUUCCACAUCCCCCAGGCUUUCUUUGAGGCUCUCCAGCAGAGGAUUUCUGUUGGGAGCAUCAAGAAGCGGAUGCCAAAUUCGACCACAGCUUUUGUCCGGAAAGAUGCUUUGCCCCUGGGCACCUUUUCCAAAUAUACGUGGCACAUCACAAACAUCUUGCAAGUCAAACAGAUCUUUGAUACCCUUGAGAUGCCUCUGAAAAUAACACGCAGCUUCAUCCAGAACCAGGAUGGCACCUACGAGCCCUUUAAGUGCCCCAAAGUUGAGGUGGAGAGCAUCCCAGACACUUACGGGCGCUUGGAGAAGCAGCCAGUCCUCCGGCCUCUGGAGUUGAAAACCUUCCUGAAAGUCGGCAACACAUCCCCUGAUCAGAAGGAACCGACGCCUUUCAUCAUUGAGUGGAUCCCAGAUAUCCUCCCCCAGUCGAAAAUUGGUGAACUGAGGAUUAAGUUUGAAUAUGGCCACUACAGAAAUGGCCACACCACCGACUACCAGGAGCAGCGCACUUCCCUUGAACAGACGCUGGAGCUUAUGCCUCUCACCACCAUCACCUUCCCUUGAACUCGCCAUGCAGUUCUUGCACAGCUCAGUUUGCACAACCCCUGCCCUGUAGCUGGUCAGCCUUUGCGGGUAUCAGUUAGCCAUUUGACUGGGGAACGCGCCAGGAGCCGGAAUGCAGCGGGGCUUCACUACAAAUGACCCACUUCUUCUUUUUAAGCAGCUGCACUAGAAACUUCUGCCUCUUUCCUUUCAAACAGCAUUUUCAGUCGCUUCUUGGUACAAAGUUAAUCCAUGCACUCUCCACUUCUACGCUGAGACUCACCUGUGCGCCAACCUACGAUUGCUGUUUUUUUCCCCACCGCCCUAUUUUGCACAGUUGACAGAUUACUGGUGAGGGUGGAGCAGAAUGUCGAGGUGCUUGGCUGCUUUGGCUAAUUACUAUCCCCUUACUGGCAUAUUUUGCAAUAUAUUUCUACAAUAAACUAAAUUGAACCAA